ACACAACGAAUGUAGAAUGAGGUGUUACCAAAUUUCUUAGGAAAAUUGAAAAUAUAAUUAUUUAUGAAGUAGUAGUACGCAACCAAUGUUUGCUGACUAGUUGACUUCUACAAAAAUUUAAAAAUAAUCAGUAUUAUCAAUGAACAUAUCUGUUUUGCAAUUACGGGAUCACAGUAUAUGUAACAAUUUAGCCUUAUAGAAAUUUUUUAAAACAAAAUGGCUUCUCAAGGUAGUAGAGGCGAAACAAUACAAAAGCAAAUACAGCAAGAUUGGGUUAAUAGAGAAUACAUCGAAAUAAUCACAAUAAGCAUAAAAAAAAUUACUGAUUUUCUGAAUUCAUUCGAUCUUUCCUGUCGUUCAAAAUUGGCAGGUUUAAAUGAAAAAUUGACGAUUUUAGAAAGAAAAAUUGAUUACUUGGAGGCUUGCGUUACAAAAGGAGAAACACUAACGUGAAUAUAUUAAAACAAAUGUACAUAGCUAGUUCCUUCUAAUAGAAAUCACUACUUAACUCACAUGUCGUAUGCAUUGCAAAUUUGUAAAAACUUUUGUAAAACUAAAACCAUUUAUG